AUGUCGUGUUUAGAGUUGAGAAUCUGUGUCAUCCGAUCCAGACUCCAACUCGGAUGCAACUUGCAUUAUUGCGCUGCAAGAAGAGGUCAAGAACAUAAAGCUUUUGGGGGGGAACACAUUGUCGUCCGAGACUUGUCAAAAUCUGCUGAGGAUGCACAUCUCUCCUUCCCGCAUGACACCUUCAGCCAGAUCGUGAACUUUUCGUCGGUCACCAUCACGAUGCUGGGCGACUCAGAAGCCUCCGCGGCCGUCGCGGCCGGUCGUGUACCGCCAGAAAUCAGCCUCGCGUAUUUGGAAGAAACCCGAGAUGGGCCGUCGAUGAAUGCGUCCAUUUUCAUGUUUGCCGUCACGUUGGUGAUUGUCAACGGUCGCGCCUUUUCACGAUUGUUCCUACGGAAAAGCUUUGGAAUAGACGACACGCUAGCAGUGAUAUCUAUGGCAAUGUUCAUAGCCUUCGUUCCACUGUGCCUCAUCCUCAUCAAUAUCGGUUCUGGCCGACAUUUUGAAUUUAUCCAGUUUGUCAUGACCCAGGAAAUCUUGGAAGAAACCGAGGUUCUCGACUUCACCGCGCACCUGAUAUACACGAGCGCGCUAUUCGUAUGUCGAUUCUCGGGUCUGGCGUUCUACUACCGAGUAUGCGGCGUCCACAGCCGCUUUCUCGUCGCCAUCAAAGCAGCAGCGCUGUUCCUCAUCGCCGGUUACAUCACACAGAUGCUCCUCAUCGUGUUCCACUGUUUGCCCGUGACAGCCCUUUGGCCCUACGAAUGGCAGUCGCAGUUCAACCAGUUCAAGUGUCUCCCCUGGGGUUUCGUGUACGGAAUUAAUUCGGCCGUCUCCCUGCUUUGCGACUUUGUACUAUUUGGGAUACCUGUUGCGAUGCUGUGGAUGUUGGAAAUGACACGGAAGAGAAAGAUUCAGCUUGCCUGUAUUCUGCUGCCCGGAAUCUUCGUCGUCGCAAUAUCAGUUGCCCGCCUUAUUCUGGUCAUCAACGGGCAAUGGCAACCAGACCAGUCGUGGAUAUACAGCCCACUCCUCGCGACUGAGGUAGCCGAGAUCGGCGCAACGCUUGUUGCACUGUCCAUACCGGGCUUCAGGCCAUUAGCGGAGGAGCUCUUCAACAGAGUGGUCGCAAGGCUCAAGCUGUGGUUCCCAAAACUGUUCAACAGAUGCAGGCGGAAUUCUACGGUAUACCCAGAUCUGUGGUAUGAGACACCACCAUGGCAACAACAUCCAACGCCGAUGACUGGGGAUUUCAAGGUGAAGGAUAUCGAGAGUGUGAUUGGAUUGGAACUCAAGGAGAUUCAAAAUCCGGAAAAUGACGCGCAACCGAGCAAAGGCAAAGCUAGGCCAGAAAGUACAAACAUCUGGAUGUUCGAGGAUCCAGUGAAGGAGAAAGAUCGGAUAUGA